AUCACGAAUCGCUACCAAGUCAUCCAUGAAGACGCUUCCUGUAUGGAGACUUCCCGGAUACAUGACGUAUUGUGAAUCUCUCGUAUUGGCUGAUCUCUGUCGGGGUACUGUAUAUAACAGACCGCUGUGCGCAGAUCAUCAUACAACCCAGACACAGAGAGAACCUGACCGUCCUGCAGCCGCCAUGCAUCACCUACUACCUGCAACAUUAGCUGUGCUCUGUUGUUUCUCUCUCGUCACAGGAUAUGACCUAUUUGUCGACCUGACGUCAGGGACGACCCUCCAAAGCUGCAGUUCUCUGUCCUGGGCGACAUCCCUGUAUGGGUCAGGCACAUGCGGGAAGAAGGGCGUUCUCAAGUUGAGCUUUGGUGCUCCUGGGUCUGCCAACAGGAAGAACAAAGUUCUGAUUGACAUGUGGUUCAACAACCCAUCAGGCUGGGUGUUCAACAUCGGCGACUCACCCACCAAUAAUGGAUACGGUGGGGAUGGUGCCACCACAUCACGGGAUGCCGAAAUACAAGGAACCAGUUCUACAUUUCGUAUCUAUGGUAACGACCAGAAUAGUCCCGCAGGUGGGAUUCUCUUGACCCGUUCCAACAUCAUCACCAACCGUCUCAGCGUGAUCAUCGCCGACGGCCUCGUCAUCUGGAACAACUGGGGAUCAGAGUUCAACUAUUACCUCAACACGAACCUACUGUAUGCCUUGAAUGGACAGUCGGAUUCCGAGGGCGGCUCCCCCAAUUACGACAUCUACUUCGGCAUCAACCGAAGCAUCGGUUCCGGUGGUCGUGUGGGCACUGGUCUUUGUCAUGCCUAUGUUACGUGGCUCAGUUAAACAAUCUGGACAGCCUGAGAUCCAUAAGAGUGUGACUGAAGGUUUGAGACAAUUUGCCGAUCCCUGCUAUAAAGUGUUAUUUGCUAAUGCGACCACCAAAAGAUUGAGCUUCCAUUUACUGUCUUUGUUGAAAUAUGAUUUAGU